UGAACUGUCACGACAGUCACCUGACUAAACAACUCAUGUUUCUCUCAUAUGUGCUAUCCGUAAAUAUUGAGCAGAACAUUCACAAUUAACGAAUUAAACACCUUUAAAGGGGCUUAUAUUUUUCUACCAGAGGGGAUGCAUGUUUGUCAUUCUAUCUGGCGAGGAUUUGUGGCGAACAAAGCUACUUAGCUAGCUAGACUAACGCUCUUCAGUUGUUCCUCCUGGAUUGUGAUUGGAGUAUACAGGGAUAACAAUGUCUCAGUCGGCGGCUACCUCGAUCAGUGGGAUCCAGAAGAUGGUUCUGUAUGAAACGAGAGCCAGGUAUUUUUUGGUAGGGACCAAUCAGGCCCAGACCAAACACAGAGUGCUGAAGAUUGACCGCACAGAACCGAAGGACCUGGUCAUAAUUGACGAUAAGCAUGUGUACAGCCAGCAAGAGGUUCGAGAGUUGCUUGGCCGCCUGGACCUGGGCAACCGCACCAAGAUCGGCCAAAAGGGAUCCUCGGGCCUGUCUAGAGCUGUCUCAGCCUUUGGCAUUGUGGGGUUUGUUCGUUUCCUCGAGGGCUACUACAUCGUGUUGAUCACCAAGCGCAGAAAGAUGGCUGACAUCGGCGGCCACUCCAUCUACAAAGUUGAAGACACCAGCAUGAUCUACAUCCCCAAUGACUCGGUCAGGGUUUCACACCCUGAUGAAGCAAGAUAUGUGCGGAUCUUUCAGAAUGUGGAUUUAUCCAGCAACUUCUACUUCAGCUACAGCUAUGACCUGAGCCAUUCGCUGCAGUACAACCUGACUCUGCUGCAGAGGCCUUAUGAACUGUGGACGUCACCAACUAUCCCCGCUGAGGAAGAGGUUCAGACACAGAGCAAGCAAGACAGCUUUGACAUAUUUGAAGAUGAGGGUCUGCCUACUCAAGUGGUUUAUGGCCUCCAGAACGAGCCUUACUACAAAUACGUGUGGAACGGAAAGCUGCUGGAACGAGUCAAGGACAUCGUGCAUCAUGACUGGCUCAUGUAUAUUAUCCACGGCUUUUGUGGCCAGUCCAAGCUUCUGAUAUACGGACGACCGGUUCACAUCACCCUCAUUGCCAGGCGUUCCAGUAAAUUUGCCGGGACCCGAUUCCUCAAAAGAGGAGCCAACUGCGAGGGGGAUGUGGCUAAUGAGGUUGAGACAGAGCAGAUCAUCAAUGACGCGGCGGUUAUGUCUUUCACCGCAGGAAGUUACUCCUCAUAUGUACAGGUGCGGGGUUCAGUCCCGCUCUACUGGUCGCAGGACAUCUCCACCAUGAUGCCAAAACCCCCAAUACGAUUGGACCAAGCCGACCCAUACGCCCAUGUAGCUGCCCUCCAUUUUGACCAGAUGCUGCAGCGGUUCGGCUCUCCUAUCAUCAUCCUCAACCUGGUCAAGAAACGGGAAAAAAGGAAACAUGAGAAGAUACUGAGUGAAGAGCUAUACCCAGCUGUGGUCAACCUAAAUCAGUUUCUCCCUCCAGAAAACUGCAUCGACUACAUUGCCUGGGACAUGGCCCGCUACACCAAGAGUAAAUUGUGCAAUGUUCUGGACCGUCUGAGUAUGAUCGCCGAGAACGUGGUGAAGCGAACGGGUUUCUACAUCAACCGCUCCGACUUCUACUGUCACACUGUCAGACCAGAUGACAGGUGGGGAGAUUUAGGUGGACAUAUCACAGCCAGUGGACGGGUGCAGACCGGCGUGUUGAGGACCAAUUGUGUGGACUGUCUCGAUCGGACCAACACCGCCCAGUUCAUGGUGGGGAAGUGUGCGCUGGCCUAUCAGCUUUUUGCACUGGGAAUGAUCGACAAACCCAAACUACAGUUUGAUACGGACUGUGUGAGAUUGUUUGAGGAGCUGUAUGAGGACCAUGGAGACACAUUAUCACUGCAGUACGGCGGCUCUCAGCUGGUCCACAGAGUCAAGACCUACCGCAAGAUCGCUCCCUGGACACAACACUCCAAAGACAUCAUGCAGACACUGUCGCGCUACUACAGCAAUGCUUUCUCAGAUGCUGACAGACAGGAUGCCAUCAACCUGUUUCUCCAAGUCUACCAGCCAUCAGAGUCCAAGCCGCACCUGUGGGAGUUGCCCACGGACUUCUACCUGCAUCAGAAGAACACCAUGGCCCUCCCCCAAGACAGACGCAGCUACACACUGUGGUGGUCUGCAGGGAUCUUGUCCUACCUUCCUGUUCCCUAUGAUGAAGUCCCCUGUGAGGACAACAUGAAGAAGAUAAAAGUGAAAAGAGUGAACCGCUUUGAGGAGAGUAUAGACAUCUACACAGAAUUCUUCAGACCCUAUGAACUGACCUCCUUCGAUGACACAUUCUGCAUUGCCAUGACCAACUCUGCGAGGGAGUUCAUGCCCAAGACAGUUGGAGUUGAUCCGAGCCCCUUCACAGUUCGCAAGCCCGAAGAAACAGGAAAGUCAGUGCUGGGCAACAAGAGCAGUAAGGAGGAGACGCUGCUCCAGAGGAAGACUGCAGCCAGCGCUCCUCCUCCCCCGAGUGAGGAGGCCAUCAGCAGCACAUCAGAGGACGACUCCGAGGACGACCGUGACGACGAAGGAUCCGUGUCUCAGCGCUCUACCCCGAUCAAGCUGCUAAUAGAAUCAGGAGAGAGCACUCGCAUACAGGAGGAGAUGCAGCAGCAGUCAGCUAAGGAGCCAUAUGGACUCAAUCUGGCUGAGUUUCCUGCUGAAAAAGACCUGUUCAUUUAUGAAAGGUUUGCACAUCUGGGCGAGAGCCAGCACAGGGUGGAAAGAACGGAACACAUAAACCCAGCAAACAUCCUUUGCUUAGAGCCGGUGUCCUGCUUCCCGGAGGACAGCAUCUACAGCGUCUCCCCGCCGCAGGUGGUCCGAGACAGCCGCGAAGAGUUUGAGAGCCAUGUGUUGACGGGUCAGGGCCAGGUGAGGGUGCUGUGCAGGGAGGACAUGUUGAUGUACAGGGAGUACGUCAAGAACAGAUACAUGUGAGACACGGACAAUAUGCAAAUCCAGGUCAUCCUCCGAGCAUGUAAUUCCGUUUGGACAUUUGCGACUGCAAGUUUGUAAAGGUGUCAUGUUUAAGUAUCGAACAAUGCAGGUUGAUUUAUUUCUAUUUUUAUUCCAAUUAAUGUGUGUUUUAAUAGCCUCAAACGUGAUGUGCCUCAAUAAGCUACCUACAGUAAAUGGUGCUUUUUAUUUGUUCUUUCUGUAAUUUUCCAUUAAUUACAUUUUACUUACAAUUCUUUUAAAAACAUGUAUUCAAUUGUAUGUACGUUUUGAAAAUGUAAAUAAUUUAAACUGUUUUGACUCCAUCAGUAUUUUGAGUUGUUAAACUCUGGAUCCAUUAAUGCAGGCCCAAAUAUUAUGGUGCUUUAAAUUCCACCUCAGAUGUUUUUAAUGAAUUCUGUUAAAACGUAGUGCCAUUCUUCGGUUAUAUUUGGUUCUUGUUUUUUUAAUUGCUCUUGAAAACUAUGUGAAACAUCAGACUUGCAUUAUCAUUGUCAUACAUGUACUGUACAUUUUCCUUUUUCUGUUGUCUGCCGCUGCUUUUAUAUUGUGCAUUUUAUCCAACCUCAUCCUUAGUUUACAAAACUGCAACGGUCAUGUCAGCUGAUAAUUGUGCAAUUAAACAUUUAUUUAUUAACAUAAAAGGACAUUUGAUUAUUGCUAUGCACUUUUCUACGGUGUGAGGUUUUCCUUCUUUUCUCCUCUACUUUUAUGUUUGAGCUUGAUUGUUUUCACUAAAAUGGAUCCCUUUCCUUCUUAUUUGUAAUUGUUAUCAUCGCUCGCGCCCACUUCUUCUGUCACCCUCACGUUUGUUUUACACUCAUUACUCACCCUUUUCCUAUUGUUCUAUCUUUCACACUUUCUCUCUGUGCUCUCACACUCUUAGCUCUCCGCUUUCAACCUCAGGUGUCAGAAGAUGGGAAAUGUUACAAAUACUUCCUUUAAUGCACAAACACACCCAACAAAAUGGCUGAACGUUGCUUUCUGCCUCAGUGCCUUGCAGACAGAGGGGGGUUGCUUCAGUAUGUGAUGUGUACAACAAGGAAUAACUAACUGCAUUUUAAACCAAAUUAACUGCAGAGAUUAUGAAGAAAUGGGACAUGAAUUCUAUUUUCGAAUCCUGAAGCACUGUUGUUACAAUUGGAGUGAUGUAAAAUGUUAAGACGGCAAUACAGAGAGCUAAAAUACACACUUGAACAUCUCUCGUAAAGAGAAGAGAGUCUAUAGUUAGUCCCAAAAAAAAGUUGCAGGGGAUUUUCUGAUUAGUUGUGUGCAUAAAACAUUUGACUGUAAAUGUUUUAAGCACACAUCAUACAGUAUAAAAGGAUUGCAUUUGUUUUCCUUUAUCUAUUGGUAUUAGUCUCCCAUUUCUUUUGCAUAUUGGAUACAGGUACAGAUCAUUACUAAAUUAACACUAAUAAAACCUAAGGAUUGAUCACAGAUUCUGGGGGGGAAUUUUGCUCCUUAAUGAUUAAAAUCUAAUAUUCCAAAAAAGGUUUGUGAUCUAUCGGAUUACUUAGAUAUUAAUAUGCAGAUUUAAAUGAGUGUGUACGCCUUUAUGGUUGUGGUCCAAUGUAGAUUUUGUAGUGAUAUUUUGUCAAAUCUUUUCUGUAGUACAAGGGUUAGCUUUUGUUCCUAAUCAUAUUUACAGACAAUGACUAAAAAUGAACAAAUCUGCCUAAAAACCAUCUGUGUAACUUUGAACUGUUGAACAUUGUUGAACACAAACUUACCUUAACUUAAUACCAAACAUAAAACAAUAGAUUCAUGUUAAAAUCCAUAGAAUUAAAAAGUAAACAAUUAAUAACUCAAACAAAAUCACUUGAAUAUUACAUUUUAGAUACAAAUGUCUGUUCCCUGUGAAACAUCCACAAAGGUGACAUUUUAGCUAAAAAGGGUCUUCUCUGAUGAAUCUCUUUCCCUUCAUUUUAAGACACCUACUGAUCCACCGUCCGUGUUUACGCCUCUGCUCAAUUGCUCAACACUACUUAAAGCUGAUUAGUUUGGCCCAUUAGUGUUCAGGUGUGUGAUAACAAUAAUAUUAUAAUUAUUAUUAUCAUAAAAUAGAGGUUGUCAUGACAUGCAGAGAGGCAGUAGCAGCACAGUAGUUAAACCACAGUAGGGCAGACACAUGUAUCAGAUUAUGUGACUCUAUGAGCACUCCUUUCAUUUUAUGAAGUAAUAGUGUG